AUGGCAUACAUUCUUCUAUAUGUUGAUGACAUCAUUCUCACCACAUCCACUGAUGAUCUUCGGAAAUCCAUCAUGAUGCUCCUUGCUUCAGAAUUUGCCAUGAAGGAUUUGGGCCCUCUUAGCUAUUUUCUAGGCAUUGCAGUAACCAGACAUACAAGUGGUAUCUUUCUUUGUCAAAAAAAUUAUGUAGCAGAGAUCUUUGAUCGGGCCGGCAUGUCAUCUUGCAAAUCGUCUGCCACACCUGUUGACACCAAACAAAAACUCAGUGUCUCAUCAGGUGUUCCGCUUGAGGACCCCACUCAUUAUCGGAGCCUUGCAGGCACUCUGCAUUUCGGCUUACAUCUGUACCCUUCAUCCAUCUUUAGUCUUACUUCCUACACUGAUGCGGAUUGGGGUGGUUGUCCUGACACAAGGCGCUCAACAUCUGGUUACUGUGUCUUUCUUGGUGAUAAUCUUAUCUCGUGGUCAUCUAAACGACAACCUACUCUCUCCCGUUCUAGUGCUGAAGCUGAAUAUAGAGGGGUAGCCAACGUCGUGUCCGAGUCAUGCUGGAUUCGAAAUCUUCUCCUAGAACUACAUUUUCCGAUCCCAAAAGCCACGUUGGUGUAUUGUGACAAUGUCAGUGCCAUAUACCUCUCCGGCAACCCCGUUCAACACCAACGGACGAAGCACAUCGAGAUGGAUAUUCACUUUGUUCGCGAGAAGGUGGCUCGCGGUCAAGCUCGUGUUCUUCAUAUCCCAUCACGUCAUCAGAUUGCUGACAUAUUUACUAAAGGGCUCCCGCGCAUACUUUUUGAUGAUUUUCAGACCAGUCUCAGCGUACGGGAACCUCCCGCUUCCACUGCGGGGGUGUGA